AUGCGUGGGGGGCACUCAGCCAGAGACUGCAGAGGAAGAAGGUUCUGUAGGAUAUGUAAGGGUAGACACCCCACCGUCUUGCACAGGGAAACCUCGGAUGAAGGGAAGGUGACACAAAGCAACGAGAACGACGUCUCAACCCCGAGUGAGAGCAACAAACAGACCGAACAUAACGAUCAGGCUAAACAGGUGCGGGUGAACACGGGGAGAGCGAACCGAAGCGACUGGCCUGACAAGUUGUCAAUUAUCCCCGUAAAGGUACGGUGCGCCAACGGCGACUUGAUACCCACUCACGCUUUUAUUGACAACGGUAGCACAGCCACGUUCUGCACCAGGGACUUACUAGGAAAGCUAACCCAUAGGGACGUGAGGCCAACGCAAAUACGCCUGUCCACUAUGCAAGCUGACGAUAUAAUGCUGGACAGUGAAAUAGUAUCGGGGAUAGAGAUCUGUGAUCUAAACGAGAACAACUUCGUGUCGCUCCCACCCAUGUACACCGUGGACAAAAUUCCGGUCUCCAGGGAAAACAUUAUCAGAAACGAGGACCUGGAAGACUGGGCUCAUCUGCGGUCAAUUAACCUCCCGGAACUAGAAGUCGACAUCGGUCUAUUGCUUGGUAUAAACGUGCCACAAGCCCUAGAGCCCAUGGAAGUAAUACCUAGCACCACGGAAGGGGGACCCUUUGCUACCAGAACUAGGCUGGGAUGGGUAGUCUUCGGACCCUCAACGGGUAACGCGGUUAAGUACGUGAGAGUUAACCGCGUGAAUAUCGAAGACGUCACUUUGGACCAUCUUCUGAUAAACAUUUACAACCAGGAGUUCAUAGACGUGAAUUCCACUAAGAAGGGCCCGUCCGAGGAAGACAGAUGCUGGAUGGCGAAGGUCGAGGAGAGUUGCCGACUGACGGACGUUGGGCACUACGAGAUAGGUAUGCCUUUCAAGGACCAGAGCCCCAUGCUGCCCAAUAACAGGAAAUCUGUAGUGAAGAGACUCGAGGGCUUAAGGAAAAGACUAGAGAGAGAUGAAAGAUUUCAUAAAGAUUACUGUGAGUUCAUGUCAAACAUAAUUCAAAUGGAAUACGCUGAAGAAGUACCAGCGAUGCAACUGGUUGAACCGAAAGCGUGGUAUAUCCCUCACCACGGAGUGUACCAUCACCAGAAAACAGACCAACUGCGGGUAGUGUUUGACUGUGCGGCAAAGUAUCAGGGCACUUCACUCAAUGACGUGCUCUUGCAGGGCCCCGACCUGACUAACCCGCUGGUAGAGGUACUGAUCAAGUUUCGUCAGUACCCCUUCGCCUACAUGGCCGAUAUAAAAUCCAUGUUCUACCAGGUCUUAGUGCCCGAGAAGGACCGAGACUACCUGAGGUUCCUAUGGUGGAAGGACGGAAACGUUCGCGGGGAGCUGCGAGAGUACCGCAUGACAGUCCACCCAUUCGGAGCCAAGUCAUCCCCUAGUUGUGCGAAUUACGCCCUCCGCAGGACGGUAACAGAUCACGAUGGUCAGCAUUCCUUAGAAGCACAAGGGACUAUCCUACAUAACUUCUACGUGGACGACUGUUUGAAGUCUGCCGACACAGAGGAGGAACUAGUCAAAUUAGCACACGAAGUCCAAGGAGUGUGCUCAAAGGGCGGCUUUGAACUUGCAAAGUUUGUCAGCAAUAGCAGAGACCUGUUGGCAUCCCUGCCCGUAGAGGAUCGCGGAAAGAAGGUUAAGGAACUAGACCUCCACCGUGACUCCCUGCCCUCAGAAAGAGCUUUGGGGACAUGCUGGAAUAUCGAAUUAGAUAGUCUCACAGUGUCCGUUCACGACAAAGACAAGCCGUUGACCAGAAGAGGGAUUCUGUCAACCAUUGGAGCUAUGUACGACCCCCUAGAGCACAAACAAACAUGUGGGAUUCGUUACAAUACCCACGCCACCCCUAGGCCGGGAAUGAGCGGGAAAGGCACUGGAAGGGCAGAACAGACCCAGCCCCGACAGAGACGAGAAGUGUGCUCGUCCCCUAGAGACACAAGAAGCAAGGAGACGAGCCACGAGAGCCAAGGGGAUCGAACCCGUGUGCUGGACAGCGACGAGCCAACUGUGGAAGGAGCCUACUGUUGUUGA